AUGCUACGGGUCAAGAAUGAAGGGGAUGUGGCAAGCACCUUAAACAUCCUCAAUGUCUUGGAUGAACUUCUGUCAGCUGGUACAGAUCGUCGUAUCCACUAUUUGAUAAGUAAAGGUGGCAGCGAGGCCUUGCUGUCUGUGUUGGUCAACACUGGCCUCAGUUUCUGUCCCAAUUACACUGUCCUGCUGCCACUGCUGCACCUGCUGGCUAAAGUUGGACACAGAGAUAGUCGUAUUGGUGUGAAGGCAGAGGAGACUGGAGCUGUGCUGCUGACUCUGAAUCUGCUAAAACACAAUGCCAAACAUGUCAAGAUGGCUGCUGCCUGUCUCUGGGUCAUCCAAGUGUUUUCUUCAUCAGUUUCUGCAGCCAACCUAAUAGGAGAAAACCAUGGACUGGAUGUCAUCUUCCACCUCAUCCCUCAGUAUACCACCAAAAAUCUGCACACCAUCAAGGCAGCAAUUAAUGCCUUUGCGGCCCUGCUGUGCUCAAAGGAUAACAUUUGUUCUGUGAUAUCAAAGGGUUACAUCUCUGGACUAUUGCAACUUUACGAGGACUGGCACAGCAAAGAUACUCAACAAACUGCCAUAGAAAUCCAGCACAUGCUGCUGCGCUGCCUCCAUAAGGUCACCCACAACAAUCCUGGCAGACAGGCUUUCAUAUCCCAGGGAGGACUCAGACUGCUGUAUCACACCUCACAGACAGAUUUGUUGACUAAAGGUCUGGAGUCUCUGAUUGAGCCCUCUGUGCAGUUGAUGAGGAAGUGUCUCCCCAAAACUCCUCUACCACUGACAUCAGAUCAGUCUGCAUACACCUUCCUCCUGCCAGGAAGAGUGCAUACCGUCCCUGAUGUAGACAUUUUACCAGAUAACAGCAGUGAGGAGAGUGACGAUGAGGACGCUGACAAGCAACAGGCAGAGAGCAAAGAUUAUGAUGAUGACUUGGAGACAGACCUGAACAGACUUUGUCUCCGUCCGGACCUAGACAGACCUAUAGAGCUACUGCCACAGUAUGGCCACCUGUGUCCUGAACUCUCACAUGACUUUAAGGAACUGAAUAUUAGUUCAGAGCCAGAGGAGAGUUCACCAUCAUCAGAUGAGGAAGCUUUGCUGCUCAACACUUUCUCCCCUCACUCCACCAGGAUGGACAGAAAGAAGGGGGAUUCCAGCAAUGAGUUGUCCACUUCCUCUUCAGGCUCUCAGUCAGAGACAGAAACCUCCACAAACGAAAACACAACAGGAGUUGAUCAUUCUGUCCAUGUUCUCAACUCUCAACAGGCUGAACACCAUCUCCCUCUGCCAAAGCUCUUCCCUCUGCAGCCACUGGGCCAUGAGGUCCUGAUGCGCGCCAGCCUGCUCCUGCGGCUGGCUCUCCUGUUGCACUAUCUGGCAAUGGAUGUCAGACACCAGCAGCUGGGAGACGCCGCCCAAGGUCAUAAAGAAAAUGAACAAGUUGAAGAGCAGGAGGGAGGAGAAGAGUUUCCCCAUUGUACCAUGAUAGACAAGUUAUUGACGAGACAUGGAGCAUGUAUUCCGCACCAUGAACCCCAGCUGUAUCGUGCUGUAGCCACUCAAACCAAGUCUAUUCCAGGGUUCAGCAUCCUACCUUUCCCUGAUUUCUGGGGUCAUGUCCCUCCAGCAAGACAUGAACCCAUGGUCCCUCGCAAACCCAACAUACAGAGGCAGAAAGUGUUUGAAGAUGUCCAACGUUUCUUGAAUACUGCUGACAUCAUCAACCAGGUAGUCUAUGACCUAGAAGACAGCAGCCUUCAGUGUCUGUCAGAUUCUCUGAGGUUUUUCUCUAACUUUGAGUGUGGGAACUUGAGGAAGGCUGUUCAUAUCCGCAGAUAUGAAUAUGACCUCAUAUUGAAUGCAGAUGCCAACUGCUCCCAGCACACCCAAUGGUUUUACUUUGAAGUCAGUAAUAUGGUGGCAGAUGUCCCCUACCGUUUUAAUGUCAUCAACUGUGAGAAGAGCAACAGCCAAUUCAACUAUGGAAUGCAGCCAGUGCUGUACUCAGUAAUGGAAGCUCUGGAAGGCAGACCACACUGGACAAGGACCGGAACUGAAAUUUGUUAUUUCAGAAACCACUUUUGUCCAGCUCAAGGAAGAAGAAAAACAAACUUUUAUACUCUGACCUUUACCAUCAACUUCAAACACAACGAGGAUGUCUGCUACCUGGCCUACCAUUAUCCCUACACAUACUCUGCCAUGAAGGCUCAUCUGAAUGUGCUGCAAAAAUCCGUGGACCCUGCCAUUGUGUUUUUCCGGCAGCAGAUUCUUUGUAGCACUUUGGCCGGAAACCUCUGUCCAGUGGUCACCAUCACGGCCUGUCCUACCAGCAGGGCCUGGAAAGACAUGCACCAGCUCCGUAAUCGUCCCUGUAUCGUGCUGACAAGCCGUGUCCAUCCUGGUGAGUCCAAUGCCAGCUGGGUUAUGAAGGGGACCCUUGAGUUUCUGUGCAGCAGUGACCUGGUGGCUCAGUGUCUGAGGGAAGCCUUUGUCUUCAAGAUCAUGCCAAUGCUUAACCCGGACGGAGUCAUCAAUGGCACGAAUCGCUGUGAUCUGAACAGUCAAGAUCUGAAUCGUCAGUGGUGUAAACCAGACCCCAUCGUCAGUCCAACCAUUUACCACACAAAAGGCUUUCUCUACUACCUCAACAGUAUAGGACGAACUCCAUUGGUUUUUUGUGACUACCACGGCCACUCCAGAAAGAAGAAUGUGUUCCUGUAUGGCUGCAGUGUGAAGGAGACUCUCUGGCAGUCUGAAUCUGCAGUUGACACUUUAGGAUUAAAAGAGGACCCUGGAUAUAGGACCAUUCCAAAGACUCUGGAUCGUAUUGCACCUGCCUUUUCUUUCAACAGCUGCAACUAUUUGGUUGAAAAGUCUCGCUCUGCCACAGCCAGGGUGGUUGUCUGGAGGGAGAUGGGUGUGCUAAGAAGUUACACAAUGGAGAGUACUUACAAUGGUUGUGACCAGGGAAUAUACAAGGGCCUGCAAACAGGAACCAGGGAGCUGCAGGAGAUGGGGGUGAAGUUCUGCCACAGUCUGCUUUCUGUAACCAAAGACAUGAAGGCUCUUUACGACAAGAGACUCAGCAACCACAUUGGCCUAGAUCAUAACAUCCUCGACCACAACACUCACAACUUUUUUGAAGACGAUGAGCCUCCAUGUGUUGAGGAGAUUGAGUAUUCCACAAACUGUCCAACUCUCAAAGGCACUGAUCUGGAUUCAGAUAUCAACAUUAGCAUGGCCAUUGUGGAUGAAGACGAAGAUGUCGAUGACAUAGGACAAAGGGGAGCAAAGCAGCAUCAAGGCAGCAUUGGCGUCAUUAGUGUGGCGGGAAUGUGGCUGGCUUCUCCUUUUCUGCAGCAGACAAGGCACACCUGCUCUCACUCUCUCAUCAACCUCCCCAUAAAGGCCUGGUCUUGA